UAGAAUUAUGCGCAACCUUUGCAGCGGGGUAGCCGCUAGCAGGAGCACGUUUUUGUAGUUGCGAACUCUUUAGUAUGAACUCGUGAAGAUGUAUGCUGUAGUACGCGCUACUGUACAGUUAUCUCGCUGUUGUGUAGCGUGUACUCACCUGAAGAAAAGUCUCUUACAGUCAAUCGAAAGUGGUCGUGAGCACUGCAUUCAGCAUCACGGUGCACGAAGUAUACACACAUCACAUAGUCUUUUCAAAAGAGACUAUUACGAAGUAUUAGGCGUGUCUCGGAAUGCUAGCCAGAAGGACAUCAAAAAGGCGUACUACCAGCUCGCGAAGAAGUACCAUCCAGACACAAGUAAAGGAGACCCAGAGGCCGCUAAGAAAUUCCAGGAGGUGUCUGAAGCCUACGAGGUCCUGAGUGACGACACCAAGCGGCAACAGUUUGACCAAUGGGGUUCAACUGGUCCAGAGAUGCCUGGUGGUGGAGGUGGUGGGUGGGGAGGACCCACCGGUGGCUUCCAUGCCAGCAUUGAUCCUGAGGAGCUGUUCCGGAGGAUUUUUGGAGACCUCGGAGCCCGCACCGGAUUCUCAGACUUUGACUUUUCGGAAUCUCAGUUUGGCUUCGGGGGAGCUCAAGAGGUUAUCCUGCAGUUGACAUUUCAGCAGGCUGCACGAGGCAUCAACAAAGACGUUUCCGUCAACGUUGUGGACACCUGUCCGCGAUGUAGUGGGUCAAGGUGCGAACCAGGUUCCAAGGCUGCACGCUGUCCUUAUUGUAAUGGCAGUGGUAUGGAAACAGUAAGCACAGGUCCGUUUGUGAUGCGAAGCACCUGUCGUCACUGCCACGGGACUCGGAUGCACAUCCGCUACCCAUGUACAGAGUGUAACGGGAAAGGUACCACGGUCCAGCGAAAGAUGGUUACUGUGCCAGUACCAGCAGGUGUAGAGGACGGCCAGACUGUACGCAUGCAAGUUGGCAAGAAGGAACUCUUUGUUACGUUCAAGGUAUCGCGUAGCGACUACUUCAAGCGGGACGGAGCUGACAUUCACACGGAGGCCGCAGUCAGUCUCUCUCAAGCCGUGCUGGGGGGGACGGUUCGAGUGCAGGGUAUCUACGAGGACAUCAUGCUCCAGAUUCCAGCCAAUACGUCGUCCCAUACAAAGAUCCGGCUAGCUGGGAAGGGCAUCAAGCGGCUCCAGAGUUCCGGUUACGGUGACCACUAUGUCACGGUUAAAGUUGUAAUACCCAAGAAGAUGUCGCCCAAGCAGAAAGCACUCAUUCAGGCUUACGCUGAACUGGAAGAGGACACAGCAGGAACGAUAGAUGGCAUCGUUAACACUAGGGAUGGGAACAAGAACACUUACGCUGGCCGGGAAGAACCGGAACAAGAAGAAAAUACUGGCCUUUUGAGCAAGAUUAAGAAGGUGAUUUUCGGAUGAGCUCACAGAGGAAAUCCGUUCUUCUUCUAGGCCGCACCGUGAUGCAUGACGAGCGGGGCUUCGUAGGACAGAUACGUGCCGCUCUAGACCAGGACAUAGACAUUGAGCACAAGAAGGACAACAACAAGGCAUAGAGCAACUUCCCCAUGUUGUAAGAAAUUAAAAUUAUCUGUUUAGAAAA